AUGUUGACUGGGUUGUGGUAUGAAUUCCUAUGGACAUUCAACCAUCGAAUGAGGAUUGAGAAUCGUAACGUAACUCUUGUUACUGAUAAUUGUCCUACACAUCCGCACCCGCGUCACCCUCCUCAGAACUACAAUGGCCCAACUCCCCCUGUUCUAACGAACAUAACUCUUAUUUACCUUCCACCAAACACUACAUCAAGACUUCAGCCUCUAGAUCAAGGAAUAAUAAAAGCAUUCAAAUCUGCUUAUCGCCGUCAAUAUACAGAUAAUAUGGUACAGUACUUCAACAACCAUGGAGUUGCUCCUGAGAAAAUCAAUAUUUUGCAAGCGGUGCAUUUAAUAUCAAGCGCAUGGGAUGAGGUAACCCCACAAACGAUAAUCAACUGCUGGCGAAAAGCGGACAUUUGUGGUGGAAGCGCAACUCAAAAUACUGACCUCAACUGCAACUCUUUACUUCCACAGCGACCCGAAGAUCAAGUGCAAUAUUUUGUUGCUUCCCAGCGCACCCAUUGUCAGAUUGCUAUGCGCCGCAUUUUUGACCCUCUAUCAGAUUUUCAAGUACCCGACCCUAAAUGGGCAGAAAGAUUUGAGGAGUUUUUUUCCUUCGACGAAGAUGCUGUUCAAGAGAGUACCGAUUCAGAAAUCGGAGGGAAUGCACUACCAAGCACAUCGCAACUGGUAAAGGCAGGUAUCGUAUCAGGCAUUCUCCUGCAAGAUCCGUCCCUACUUGACCAAUAUGACGGCAUGGAUAAUGAAGAAUCCGAAACCGCGAGCAUACAGGUAGAAGGCAACGAUAUUCCAGCUCCUUUAGCAGUUGUUACAACUGAAGGUGCAAUCCAUUAUGCAUCAGAGCUUUCUCGCUACCUCCAGUCUCUUAAAACGACAGAGCUGUACAGUAACGGGGGGAAGAGGCUUGGGGUUGAUGACUUGGUCAAGCAAGUAUGUGAGCUGAAAGUUGCUCUUGUUCGCCACAAGCAUACUGCAUAUGUCCAUCAAACCAAAAUUAACAGGUAUUUUACGGGCGCGCUCCGCGAAUACAGAGAGAAUGCAGCAGCGGGACCAUCUGUUGUUAUAAGAGAACGGGCAUUGGUAGAAGACAAUAUACUAUUAAGACAUUCCAUAUCUUCCAGUGAUGUUGAGGAGGACGAGGAACCUUACUUACCUUCCCCAGUUGUCUGGAGCGGGAGUGGUAUCGAUGCAGAGUACGAAAGGCUUGCAAAUUGA